AUGUCCCCCUUGAUCACGAAGUUAACUCCUCAGUACUAUCAUCUACACUCAAACGACAAUCAACAUGGAAGGAACACCUGCCAGGUCUUUGAAUUCCCGCGGGCUGGUGGAUUCGAAGAGUCCAACAAGAACAUCGGUACCAAAGGAAGACGAAGUGCAGUGCGCACCAUCAGAACAGUCCCCAUUGUCACAGCAGCCUCCAUCGCCAGGGCGGUCUCCAUUACUCGAGAAGUCUCCGUCGCCGGAACAGUGUGCACAGUCAGAGCGGUCUCCAUUCCCAGAGCAACCUCUGGUGCCAGAAGAGUCUCUGUCAUCAAAACCAUGUGCGCCACCAGGACAGUGUUCGCUGCCAGAGCAUCCCCUGCUUGUAGAGCAAUCUUUACCAGCAAAGCUUGGUUCAUCGCCAAAGCAGUAUGCGCCACUAGAUCGUUCUUUGUCGUCAAAUCAGCCUCCAUUACCAGAAUUCUCUCCGUUGCCAGAGGUCUCGCCAUCACUAGAGCAUUCUCUGCUACUAGAGCAACUUGCAUCGCAAGAGCAGGCUUCGUUACAAGACGUGCCUCCAUUGCCGGGACCUACUUCAUCGCCCGAACCGUAUCUACUUUCAGAGCAUAUUUUAUCGCUGAAACAGGUCCCAUCGCCCGAACAAUGCGCACCGUUGGAGCCGCCUCCACCAGAGCAAACAUCCUCGCCAGAGCAGACUUCUUCGCCGCCAGAACAAUCUGCAUCACUAGAGCGACCUCCUCCAUCAUUUCAAUCUCCAUCGCUAAACCCAUCUCGCUUAUCUCAUUCACGAGAAGACCGCUCUUCCUCACUAGGCUUCUCCCUAUCACCCAUAGAAUACACCUUGCGCGACCAACCACUCCCCUCAAUCCCUUCCCCUCUCCCGCCAUCCCCUCCUCCGAACCACUCAUUCCAGAGCGCUACUCCUCCCCCGCCCCCAAAACCACCCUCGAAAAGCUACUCGAAUGGCCCAUCCCCGCCCCCAUCCUUUCAAUGCUCAGCUUAGACAACAAAACUGGAGAGUUCUGCCUCACCCACACCGACCUCCUCACCUACCUCCGUAACCACCGUGAGGAAGCAAACGACGCAAAUCCACCCUUCCUCAAGGACCCGGACAACAUCCCCAGCAUAACAAUGGAUCUCUCGGAUUUACUGUCCAUAUCUGACCCGUUACCUUCUAUUGAUCUCCUCCCUUACCUCCUCAUCUACACCCGCUGCCCAGACGUCACAUUCCGCACGCGUGGUUCCCCCAUCGUACACGACCGCAUCUACAAGUUCUUCACCGAGCUCGUGAUUCCGCGGCGCGCCUUUUGGACGCGCUGCAUCGCAGAAAACCCGGGGAUAAGGGAGGUCCGGAUCUUUUGUGAGCGGGAGAGGACUGUGGAUAUUGUGUUAGAUCCCGGGAGUAGGUGGGCACGGGAUUGGAAUUGUGUGCCGUGGAUUGAGUGGGAGAAGAUUAGUAAGGUGAGGGUUUUUACGCUUUGUCUUGGAUUGAAUGUCAAUAGGGCGUUUGGGUGGGAGGGGCAUGUUGUUGUUGGGAGUGUGGAGGGGUAG